AUGAACAAGCUGUACAUCGGCAACCUCAACGAGAGCGUGACCCCCGCGGACUUGGAGAAAGUGUUUGCGGAGCACAAGAUCUCCUACAGCGGCCAGUUCUUGGUCAAGUCCGGCUAUGCCUUCGUGGACUGCCCCGACGAGCACUGGGCGAUGAAAGCCAUCGAAACUUUCUCCGGGAAAGUCGAAUUGCAAGGAAAACGCCUAGAGAUUGAACACUCAGUCCCCAAAAAACAAAGGAGUCGGAAAAUUCAGAUUCGAAACAUCCCACCCCAGCUCCGUUGGGAAGUGCUGGACAGCCUGCUUGCUCAGUACGGUACAGUGGAGAACUGCGAGCAAGUGAACACCGAGAGUGAGACUGCGGUGGUGAAUGUCACCUAUUCCAACCGGGAACAGACCAGGCAAGCCAUCAUGAAGCUGAAUGGCCACCAGCUGGAGAACCACGCCUUAAAAGUCUCCUACAUUCCUGACGAGCAGAUAGCACAGGGUCCUGAGAAUGGGCGCCGAGGAGGCUUUGGCUCUCGGGGUCAGCCCCGCCAGGGCUCCCCUGUAGCAGCGGGGGCCCCAGCCAAGCAGCAGCAAGUGGAUAUCCCCCUGCGGCUCCUGGUGCCAACCCAGUACGUGGGUGCCAUCAUUGGCAAGGAGGGGGCCACCAUCCGAAACAUCACGAAACAGACCCAGUCCAAGAUAGAUGUGCACAGGAAGGAGAAUGCAGGCGCUGCGGAGAAGGCCAUCAGCGUCCACUCGACCCCUGAGGGCUGCUCAUCUGCGUGUAAGAUGAUCUUGGAGAUUAUGCAUAAGGAAGCAAAGGACACCAAAACGGCCGACGAGGUUCCCCUGAAGAUCCUGGCCCAUAAUAACUUUGUGGGGCGUCUCAUUGGCAAGGAAGGGCGUAACCUGAAGAAGGUGGAGCAGGACACAGAGACAAAGAUCACCAUCUCCUCGCUGCAGGACCUCACCCUCUAUAACCCCGAGAGGACCAUCACUGUGAAGGGGGCCAUUGAGAACUGCUGCAGGGCCGAGCAGGAGAUCAUGAAGAAAGUCCGGGAGGCCUACGAGAACGACGUGGCUGCCAUGAGUCUGCAGUCACACCUCAUCCCCGGCCUGAACUUGGCGGCUGUAGGUCUGUUUCCAGCCUCGUCCAGUGCGGUCCCGCCACCUCCCAGCAGCGUCACCGGGGCUGCUCCCUAUAGCUCCUUUAUGCAGGCUCCGGAGCAGGAGAUGGUGCAGGUGUUCAUCCCGGCGCAGGCAGUGGGUGCUAUCAUCGGGAAGAAGGGACAGCACAUCAAACAGCUCUCCCGCUUCGCCAGUGCCUCCAUUAAGAUUGCUCCUCCUGAAACUCCUGACUCCAAAGUUCGUAUGGUCAUCAUCACUGGACCCCCAGAGGCCCAAUUUAAGGCUCAGGGAAGAAUUUAUGGAAAACUCAAGGAGGAGAACUUCUUUGGUCCCAAGGAGGAAGUAAAGCUGGAGACCCACAUCCGGGUGCCGGCGUCAGCUGCUGGCAGGGUCAUUGGCAAAGGCGGCAAAACGGUGAAUGAGUUGCAGAAUUUGACAGCAGCCGAGGUGGUGGUGCCAAGAGACCAGACCCCGGAUGAGAAUGACCAGGUCAUCGUCAAGAUCAUCGGGCAUUUUUAUGCCAGCCAGAUGGCCCAGAGGAAAAUACGAGACAUCCUGGCCCAAGUUAAACAGCUGCACCAAAAGGGACAGAGUAACCAGGCCCAGGCACGGAGGAAGUGA